UCUUUUUUUAACUUAUUUUCUUCGUUUCUCCAAUUUUUCUUCUUUUUUUUAACUUAUUUUCUUCGUUUCUCCAAUUUUUCUUCUUUUUUUUAACUUAUUUUCUUCGUUUCUCCAAUUUUUCUUUUUUUUAACUUAUUUUCUUCGUUUCUCCAAUUUUUCUUCUUUUUUUUUAACUUAUUUUCUUCGUUUCUCCAAUUUUUUCUGUUUUUAAACUUUUCUUCGUUUCUCCAAUUUUCUUCUUUUUUUUAAAACUUAUUUUCUUCGUUUCUCCAAAUUUUUCUUCUUUUUUUUCAUUGCCUUCAAAUUUUUAACUUUUUUCCUCAUUUUCCUCACAAACUUUUCUUCACUUCAUCAUUUUAAAAUUUUUCUUCAUCUAUUUCCUCAUUUUUUACUUAUUUUCUUCGUUUCUCCAAUUUUUUUUAUUUUCCAAUGUCUUCUAAUAUUUUCCUCAUUUUCCUCUCAAACUUUUCUUCACUUUGUCAUUUUAAAAUUUUUCUUCAUCUAUUUCCUCCUUUUUUUAACUUAUUUUCUUCAUUUCUCCAAUAUUUUAUUUUUUUUAAUGUCUUCUAAUUUUUUCCUCAUUUUCCUAAAACUUUUCUUCACUUCGUCAUUUUAAAAUUUUCCUUCACGUUUUUCCUCUCCUCGCUUUCACGUUUUUCCGCUUCAAUUUUCAGCUCAAACACCAAUUAUCAUUCUUUACCAUUUGGACGUACUAGAAAAACCUAUAUUUGUGUAGGCCUACUUAUCUAUUAACAUGUCUAUUUUUAGCCUAUCACUUAUAUCCACUUAUGUUAUUUACUUGCAUACUCUUUCUAUCGUACGUAAAAGGUGCCUCAUGUAUCUUGCCAGCCUCGAGACACCAGUUACCGUAAUGGCGUAAAUCCGUAAUGGUGUCGUGGGUUCGCUCGCCGAGGAAAAAAUAAGUUACGUUUUUAUGAUUGUGAAAAGGAAGAAAAAGAUUGAGAAUAUUGAAAAGGAGGAAGAUGAAAAAAUAAGUUACGUUUUUAUGAUUAUGAAAAGGAAGAAAAAGAUUGAGAAUAUUGAAAAGGAGGAAGAUGAAAAAAUAAGUUAUGUUUUUAUGAUUAUGAGGAGAAAGGAAAAGAUUGAGAAUACUGGAAAGAAAACAGAGGAGAAAAUAAGUUAUGUUUUUAUGAUUAUGAAAAGGAAGAAAAAGAUUGAGAAUAUUGAAAAGGAAGAAGAGGAAAAAAUAAAAUAUGUUUUUAUGAUUAUGAAGAGAAAGGAAAAGAUUGAGAAUACUGGAAAGAAAACAGAGGAGAAAAUAAGUUAUGUUUUUAUGAUUAUGAAAAGGAAGAAAAAGAUUGAGAAUAUUGAAAAGGAGGAAGAGGAGAAAAUAAGUUAUGUUUUUAUGAUUAUGAAAAGGAAGAAAAAGAUUGAGAAUAUUGAAAAGGAGGAAGAUGAAAAAAUAAGUUAUGUUUUUAUGAUUAUGAAAAGGAAGAAAAAGAUUGAGAAUACUGGAAAGAAAACAGAGGAGAAAAUAAGUUAUGUUUUUAUGAUUAUGAAAAGGAAGAAAAAGAUUGAGAAUACUGGAAAGAAAACAGAGGAGAAAAUAAGUUAUGUUUUUACGAUUAUGAAAAGGAAGAAAAAGAUUGAAAAUAUUGAAAAGAAAACAGAGGAAAAAAUAAGUUACGUUUUUAUGAUUAUGAGGAGGAAGAAAAAGAUUGAGAAUACUGGAAAGAAAACAGAGGAGAAAAUAAAAUAUGUUUUUAUGAUUAUGAGGAGAAAGGAAAAGAUUGAGAAUACUGGAAAGAAAACAGAGGAGAAAAUAAGUUAUGUUUUUAUGAUUAUGAAAAGGAAGAAAAAGAUUGAGAAUACUGAAAAGGAGGAAGAUGAAAAAAUAAGUUAUGUUUUUAUGAUUAUGAAGAGAAAGGAAAAGAUUGAGAAUACUGAAAAGGAAGAAGAGGAGAAAAUAAGUUAUGUUUUUAUGAUUAUGAAGAGGAAGAAAAAGAUUGAGAAUACUGAAAAGGAGGAAGAUGAAAAAAUAAGUUAUGUUUUUAUGAUUAUGAAAAGGAAGAAAAAGAUUGAAAAUACUGAAAAGAAAACAGAGGAAAAAUAAGUUAUGUUUUUACGAUUAUGAAAAGGAAGAAAAAGAUUGAAAAUACUGAAAAGGAAGAAGAGGAAAAAAUAAGUUAUGUUUUUACGAUUAUGAAAAGGAAGAAAAAGAUCGAAAAUACUGAAAAGGAAGAAGAGGAAAAAAUAAGUUAUGUUAUUACAAUUAUGAAAAGGAAGAAAAACAUUGAAAAUACUGAAAAGGAAGAAGAGGAAAAAGAAUAUGUGGUUUUAAUAUUCUAAGAGGAGGGAGAACUGCUUUAUCUGAAUUUCGGAAGAGCGGAAGAGAGAAUUUGCUUCAUGCUACUUAUGAAAGAAAGAAAGAAUAUGUGGUUUUAAUAUUCUAAGAGGAGAAAUAACUGCUUGGUCUGAAUUUCGUAAGAGCGGAAGAAAGGAUUUGCCUGGUCUUACUUAUGGAAGAAAGAGAGGAGGGAAGACUAUGCGGUUUUAAUUAUACAGAAGAAAUUACGUUGUUUCAUCUAAAUUUUGUACGAGCGGAAGGUGGAAUGUACAUCGUGUAUUCUGAAACCUAACAAAAGCCCUUCAUAACAUUCUUCAUUCAGAGGAAAAAUAGAGAAAAAAAACAGCGUAUUAGAUAUUUUGUGAACUGCGGAAGACGAUAUUUUUUUGUAUACGAGAUAUCAGGAGAGUGGUUUAUACGAUGAACUUCAAAAUUAGUAAAAAUGCUUGUAAACACUUUAGAAGAUCGUAUUGUGGUUGAAAAUGGUUGACUAACAGGUUGACUGAUUGACUAUUUGGGUGUCUGUGUAGCAAGCAAGUCCAGUUUGGUUCUCCCUCUCCUUCCCUCCCUCCCUCCUUCCCUUCCUUCCUUCCCUCCUUCCUUCCUUCCUUCAUUCCUUCCUUCCUUCCUUCCCUCCCUCCCUCUCUCCUUCCUUCAUUCUCUCCCUCUCUCCUUCCCUCCCUCCUUCCCUCCAUACCUGUUCUGAAUGGCCCCAGUCUGAUAGUGGAGCAGGCGGAUUUUUUUCAUACUUUCUGCUGUGAUGUGUGACCCUUGCCUGUCCCAUACUGCCCCCCGGUGCCCCUCCUGACCUGUUGCUGAAGUUAGGGUUGAUUCGUGACCCGGGUAUCUUAUGGGUGACCUGCACAGUGAACACUCAACCAACCCUCCCGUCAUCCAUCACCCGCAUGAUAUAUUUUGGUUGUGAUUAAUUUCUUGUCUAAUAACUCGGUUCAGAUAUUUUUAGGAUAAUCUUGUAUAUUUAUUUAUUUAUUAUUUAUUUAUUCAUAUGUUGUUGCUGUGUGUGUGUGUGUGUGUGUGUGUGUGUGUGUGUAGGGAGAGGAAGAGAGGAAGAGAGAAAGGAGGAAGAGAAGACAGAGAAGGAAGGAAAGAGAAAAGGAGGAGGAGGAGGAGAAAAAGAGAGAAAAGGAGAGGAGGAGGAGAGAAAAAAGCAGAAAUGGAGGAGGAGGAGGAGGAGGAAAAGAGAGAAAAGGAGGAGGAGGAG